AUGACCCCAUUGUCAGCAAAUGGCGAAGUCUUUGUUCUCUCAUUUCUCUCUCGAGAGGGGACUGGACGCCGGUUUUUGAAAUUGAGACUCACUGAUGCUCAUCUAGAGUUUGCGUAAGUUCCAUUUAGGCUGCACAGCAGUCCCACCCCCGAGAGUUCGACAUUCCUACUACCCCGUCUCUUUCUUUGUACCGAAUUUUAGUUACGUUACUGGGCCCAAUUUCGCGAAGAUGAAGUACAUUGUUACACGGGGGAAAGUACCGCUCGGCGAACCGAUGGCUGUACAUUGUGUCCUGAGAGCCGACGAAAGUCUCCAAGUCACCACUGUGGAGACAGGACGAAGAGAGUUCGGGCAGGAUUAUCACGAAAAGAUGAUCAGUGACAACGACUACAGACAGCUGGCUGAGAGUCGGUAUGGCGGCUUAGUCGUGGGCUGUCCGUCCACACGUGGGUAUGUCGACUACAGUCCCGAGGCAGAUAAGCAUCUUCAUAAAUAUUCAUUACUCAGAAACUCCUACUGACACCCAUUCAGUAGAACUUAUUUAAAGUUUUUCGUGUUGGCUGCGUAGAACUGCAGAUAAGAGUAAUGAUGAGCGUCGCUAAUGCAACAGAUGUUAAGUUCAGUGUGCGCACCAUUUCUAGUUAAUUUCAUCACUGAAGCCUAGACCGCUCGUGGGCUGUCCGUCCACACGUGCGUAUGUCGACUACAGUCCUGAGGCACCUAAGCCUCUCCAUAAAUGUAUAAUACUCUGAAACUCCUACUGACACCUAUUCAGUAGGGCUUAUUUAAAGUUGUUCGUGUUGACUGUAUAGAACUGCGGAUAACUACAACAGAUGUUAAGUUCUGUGUGAGCACCAUUUUUAGUUAAUUUCAUCACUGAAGCCUAGACUGCUCAAAUCAAAAAACUAUUAUUGGUGCAAAGUAUGCUGCACAUGAAAGCGGAGCUCCCUGAUCUAUUAAGGUUGAAUUUGAGUCUUCAGUCUUUAUCAUGGGACUUUGAUCUAGAGCCAGAAGGACCAUGACCCAAAUAGUACGAUAUUCCAUUCAACUAGGGAGAUAAGAGACGUUUUUUGAUUACAGCUGGACCCAAAUUUAGUAUAUUGGAGUGUAAUUUCGGUUUAAAAGUGUAACCGGUUUCCAAACAACCGGAGCACGCAGUACAGUGCUUUUCCGAUUCAAAAUAACCCCGAAUUACGUAUUGCGCGUUGUAGAAACCUCCAGCCCGUGAUCGUAGUGUUACUUUCACUGUCUGCAUAAUUAGGAAAACAGUGUCGUUUUGAGUUUUGUAGUUGUUCCUAUGCAUUUCAUAGUCGCGUGUGGCAUUCUUUCACUGCCAGUCAUUCUAUAUCAACGCAGCUGUAUAACUGACUAUCGGCCAAAUGCUAUACACACAGGGUGUAGUCGAAGUGCAAAUCUAAAGCAAAGUGAGGCUCUUUUAUCUCCCCGGAAAGAUAUCUUUCAUUGGCUUCCUUCGAGGUCGUUAGU